AUGUCUACAACUGUAACAAAUCGAAAUUGUCUCACACACAUAAAUAUAUAUAUAAUCUUCAUUCUCUCUCUCUCUCUCUCUCAAAAACUGCUUGCAGACCAUUUUCCCAUCUCAAAACCCUAAUUUUAGCAACCUUUUUGCCAAGAUCAGAGAAGAUUGCAUACCAAGUGUUUGAUGAAAUUACUUUGAUGUAACAAAUGGAAGGCAAUGUUUGUGGUGUUAAUCAUUUGGAUUCGGAUGUGCUUUUACCUCCACGAAAGCGGUUACUCGCGUGUUUGAAAAGGCAGAACAGUGACAUGAACGGUGACUCGAAUUCAAAUAACAAUCCCGAUUCACCCUCAACUGAGAACUCAUUGACUCAGUUAGACGCGCGUAUUAGUUACUUGUUAAAAGCGCAUUUGAGUAACGACAAUCCUUCAGAAGAAGAGAUUGUGGCAGCGUCGAGAGCAGCUGCUGAAGUUGCGGUUAAAGUUGCAAUAGCAGCAAGAGCUGCCGCCCAGGAGAAGGCGGUAAUAGCAGCUAAAGCCAUGGCCGCCGCCAAGAAAGCGUUAGAGUUAGUAGAAAAUGUUGAAGACGGUCAAGAGUUGUCGUCAGAACAACAGUUGAGGAAAAGUAAAACGAAAAAGCAAGUUGAUGUUCAAAUGUUGUAUGAUAAUAAGAAACCGAUGGCAGAAAAUGGUAAAGCGAAUGAUGAGGAAUUAGCUCGUAAGUUGCAUCACGCUAUAAACAGCUCUCCGAGAAUUUCAAAGUGCGGUGUGGGUUCCGAUGUAAAGAAUCGUAAGCACAAAAAGCUUAAAACCUCAGAUAAUGGUGUAGGGAUUUCUCCUAGCUAUGUAAAGGAAGUGGAGACAACGACAAAGUCAAAGUUGGAAAACGGGUCAAAGGCGAAAAGCGGUGAUGAUGAUGUCACUACGUUGGGUAGAAAGAGGGGAAGAAUGAAACAAAAGAAGUUGCCAUUAAGCAUUUGUCAUCAUAGAGAUCAAGCAACACCUAAAGAAGAUGUUCCUUGUAGAAGCCCGUUACCUGUUGGGCCCUCUGGCGGUGAGAGGGGCCUGUUGUGGAAAUGCAAGGCGUUUAAAGCACCCGUUUGUGUAAAACAAAAUAAAGUUAUGCAGUUGUGAUGAUCGUAUCUUAUUUUAAUACAUGAGCAGUUUGGACAGCUGAGUGGCUCAGGUGUGCAGGGUCAAAUUGAACUUGUAGAGAAUCACUGCUGUGAGAAGAUUAGUGAGCUGAUUGAUCAAAACACUUGUUGUAGUAGUUGAAAUUCUUGUUGGAUCUUUACUCAAUAAUAAUAGAAUAAUAAUAAUAGUAUUUGUGGUGUUGUUUGUGUUUGACAUGUGUUUGUAAAGACAGACGGUUUGAAUAACUGAAAAUGCUUCUUGUUCAACUUCCA